UUCUCAACUCAAUCUUCGGAAACAUUCAUAUUAAAAACAACCAUGCCAAGAGGAAGCAGAAGUCGGGGCUCACGGAUGGCCCCUCCAGCCAGCCGGUCCCCACCACCCAUGAGGGCAGCUCCUCCUCGCUCAUAUGCCCCAGUCCCCACCCAAGCGGCUCCAUCUGCCAUGGCUGCUCCAGCAGCAGCAGCAGCGCCCAGGCAACCUGGUAUGUUUGCCCAGAUGGCUACCACAGCUGCCGGGGUAGCAGUGGGCUCUGCAGUAGGACACACCAUCGGCCAUGCCAUGACCGGAGGCUUCGGUGGAGGAAAUUCAGAGGCUAAACCUGACGUCACGUAUCAGGAGCCUAACGCGGCACAGCCACAAUACCAGCAGCAGCCACAGUCUAUGUACCCACAGCAGCCACAGUCCAUGUACCAGCAGGAGGCCCCACAGCAGCAGGCAUGCUCCUAUGAGCUCAAGCAGUUCAUAGACUGUGCCCAGAAUCAGAGGGAUUUCAGUAUGUGCGAGGGCUUCAGUGAGGUGCUGAAACAGUGCAAGUUUGCAAAUGGUAUGUCCUGAUGUUGAGAUGUCUACAAGACUGAAAACGCUCUGUAUGCCAUAGCAUACACUAGGCAGUUCAUUAGAUAAUUAAUAAGUGAUCAUUUAUAAUUUUUGCCACAGCAUAUAUUCUAUGACUUGGUCUUAUAAAUAGUGUUGAUUAUAAUGUGGUUUGUUUUCACUUAAACAUCGGUGUGAUUUAAUGAGCAUCACUGCACAUUUCACAUUCCACAUUUCAUGUAGAACUCAAUAAAGCUUGUUGAUGAUCAAAAAUUGCUGUAUUUGUGUACUUCAUGAAUUAAUAAAUGCCAUGACCCUUGAAACAAUGA